AGCAGGCUUGUUUGUGACCCUUGUUUGAUUCAGUUGUGAAGAAUGUUUGUUUUUCAGUCAAUAACUCAUACAAAUAUUAUUUGAGGGAAAAAAUGUUUAAUGUCGUCUCUCCAGAGAGAAGGCUUCAUUCCUCCAACCGUCGUGGGUAACUUUCAGAUGAUCUUAGGCAUAGACACGUGCUCAGUUAAGUUAAGCGGUGUCUGAUUCGUAAACUUUUUCCAAAAAUGGUACACUGCGUUACACACGAAUACCCCCCUCUUCCAAUAUUUUUGAGUUUCCCUCCUUUUCAUUUCAUUUUUGGAUCGUCUUCUUCCCUCCGUUUUAGUUAAAUCUCUCUCCUAGGCCACAGAUUUCACCCCCAAAAAAGAAAAAGGGAAACAACAACUCAGGAGUCUGUCCAGGAGAAGGGAGGGAGCAUUGUACGGAAAGUGGGAUCUUUUCUGAAAAUGGCAAGUUACUAUGACAUUGAUGAUAUUCUUGUGGAGGAACAGCGUGUCCCUGUUGUUUUCCAGCAAGCAGUAAAUGGGGUUGAUAUUGAUCCUAGUGCUGAAACCCAUUGUGUUGAACCCGGUUCAAAGGUAGAGCUACCUUACUGGCUUGCCCAUGAGUUACACCUCAGAAAAGUAGCAAAGAUGAAGGUUCCUGCAUGUUUCAAUCAAAGAACAAAACUGGAACUUGGGGCUGAUGGUGCAUCUGUGGAUUUAAGAUCUCGAUGUCUACACUUCUAUGAAUUUGGAUGCAAGAUAGCACCGCUUGUGGUAGAGGGUUGAGAAAAUGGUAUAUGACAAGACCCAUACCCAAUGCUUAAUUGGCAUUUGGGAGACUUGAAUCUCUAGGGCAGUCGGAAUUCCAAGGUCUUGAAGAGGCUGAUUACAAGGGUAGAGUUAGGUCACAGCUCUAUGAAAUUUUGGA